AAAUUUAAUUGUUCGUCGUGUAUGUUGUUGCUCGUCAAGUUUCUGUUGUGUGGCUUUUUUUGUUAAAGAGAAAUACCUUGUGUAAGACGAAAAGCAAAUAAAAAAAUUGCUUACAAACCUGUUUGUUACCUCUUCAAUUCACAAUUUUGAAGACUUUCAAGAAGUUACAGUAUACUUGAAAAAUGUUGCAUUGAAUAUAUUGUUAUUCAUUAGUGGUUAUAGUAUGCUUUGUGAAAAAAAAUAAUUUCUGAAUCGACAAUACACACACAGGUGUUUAUAUUUAUUUAAAUAUUUAUGUAUUAUUAAGAAUAUGAUGUACGGUGUCGUGCCAUUUGCAUAGAAAGAAUUGUUUCGAUGUUUCGGUUGAUGCAAAUGUUUUUCUUUUGUUAAAGAUUUAUCUGCAUUCGGAAAGUGAUUUUUAAGUGCCGAAAAAUUCGGAUUUUGUAUUUUGUAAUAGUGUUAAAUACUGACGAGACAAACCAACAAAAUAGCGCAACGACUUGAAUAGUGUGAUGUAAAAUAUAAAAAAAAAGAAAAAAAUAUUUAAAUGCUCGUGAGAAAACGGUUGAAUGAAAUAUCGUUUGUUUAUAGUUUGUUACGUGUUUACUCGUGUUCAACUAAACUGAAACCAUUAGCAUCAUAAUAUCACCUGCAAAUUAUACACCAAAUUCCAUCGCAUACUACUAAUUCAUACAUUUUCGGAUCACUUCUGGGAAACGGAUAACAAAAACUGAUAUUUUAGAUGAUGGCCCCAAUGCCUAGCAAAUCGCCAGCCAAGCGUCCCGCCUUUAUGUUGUCGGUGACGGAAACAGAUUCAGCGAGUUCAGCAUCUAUGAGCACUCCAACCAGUAGUUCAGACGCUCCAAAGUCACAAUGCUCGUCGUUGUCCGAUGGCGAAUCGUUUGAGGGAUUCGGUGAGAAUUACAAUCAGGAAGGUGGUAUCGAUCUGGAGCUUGCACCACCGCAUUCAACGCAAAUUGUUGAUGAUGAGAACAACUCCAUCUCACGGCAUACAUGGGCUCGAACGAGUCUACGACGAACACCUACAAGCCAUGAAACUUUGCCAAACAGACGUUGGGGCUCCAUGAGACAUACUGGCAGACGACAGCUAGGAUCAAAUGCCUUAGCAAGUCAAUUAUACCGUUCAUCGAGUUUUAACUCAUCUGGUCGAAGCUCCAAUUGCGAUACAACUGAAGACAUGUACAGCGAUGUCAGUCUGGAAGACGUACAGGACCUUAAUCAUAAGUUAGAGAUUCUUCAGCGCCAAGUAACAAAUUUAGCAGACAGUCAAAACACCGUUGACGAUCGAACGAGUCGAACCAAAACUGAACAUGCUGUACUCCAGGCUCGGUAUCACAUGCUGGAGGAGCAACUGCGAGACGUUGAACUGCGAGCCGACGAACGUAUUCUGGAGGAGCAGAAACGGCACAAAGAACUGCUAUCUCGAGUAGAACGUGAAGCCAUAUUGCAGAAUGAGAAUUGUCAGAUCAAAAUUAGAACAAUAGAAAUUGAAGCCAAAGCACUGAAAGAGGAGAAUCAAAGAUUACGUGAUCAAUGUACGAAGCAAGCCUAUGACCUGCAAGUGUUGGAAGAGAAACUGGAAUCGGUUCGAGACAAUUUCAUUGCAUCGCAAGAGGAAGUGCUCCAAGCCAAACACAACGAGAAGAAAUGUUUGCAAGACAAACUGGCCGCCGAAGAUUUAAUGGUCGAAUUGGGCAAAGAAGUUGAACGGCUGCGAUCGGAAAAUUUACCUGCGUUACCAACCACUUCACCGGAAGCGAUUCGCUUGGAAGAAUUGCACCAAGAGAUGGAGGAUCUUAGGCAUGCCAAGAAAUUAUUGGAAGAGCAGAACGAAGAAUUACACGCAAUGGUUCUGAACAAAGGCGUCGAAGAAGGACGGCAUCUGUUAAAUGGUACUUCCAAUAGUCUUGCCUUCGAGCUUGGCGAAAUGAAUAACAGAGAGGGCUCGAGUACUCUUGCAUCCCUUACCGAGCUGCAAACCGCCUACCAGGACAAAGAGGACGAAAACCAACGUUUAAAGCACUACAUCGACACCAUAUUACUGAACAUCGUCGAGAACUAUCCACAAUUGUUGGAAGUGAAAGCAAUGGAUAGCGGCAAGCAAUAAUAGAUUUAAAAUGGAUCUAUAAAUUCGAACUGAGCGAACGGCCAUUAUUGUCCAUUUUUUUAAGCGAAUGAUUAUGUUGUUAAAUAAUUAUUAGAAAUUAAUAUUUUUCUACUUAAAAGAACACAAAAUGAAUGCGAUGAAUUGAUAAUAAUUAAUUGAAUUUCUUGUACUUUACACCUAUGAUAGCGAAUCUAGAUAUAUUUUUGUUGAUUCAGAUAUUUCAUCAUUUUUGACUAACUUUUCCUAGUUAAAUUUUGUGCGAAAGAGUUUUUGUAGAAAAGGACACAAAAAAACGGUUGAACUGUUUUAUACAAUCAAUGACUUUGAACACACACACAAAUUUAAAUCUAUUUUCUAUUAGAAUGUUACUGUAAGCGAAUGUUAUUAAACACAGUGUGAAUAUGCGUGGAUGAUGGAAAUGAAUGCGAAUUGGAAAAAACCGUAUACUGGGAAUGUUCGGUUCCAUUUAAAAUAACAUGUUGAAACACACCUACCCUACUUACUUGUUACAACCGAAUACUUUUUGUAAAAAAUUUAUUUCAUUGUUAGGCAUACAAAAAAUAAUUAUUUUUUUCUUAAUUAAUUUUACAAUCAAAUUGUACAGAAUACAAUAA